AUGUCGCAGGCAUCACAGUCAUCAUGGGCACCAUAUCGGAGCACUCCCCAAAUAUGGAAAAAAGGUGGGGAAGUGCUCCAAUAUGGUGCCUGCAAUGACUGCAACGCCCACAACAAGGACUUCAUGAUGCACAAUCUCUUUUGGCGGCAGGCUGGCUUCAAAGCCCCCAAUUCUUGGGACAACCAAGCAGAUUUUGCCAAGUGGAAUCCUGUGAUUAUGCAGCAAGCAUUCCAUGUUAUAUCUGGCUCCAUGGCCUCUGGUGAUAGACAUCCCCUCCUGAACCUGCCUGUCUCACAUAGGAUGGUGCAACACUCUAACAAUUGGUUUAUCUCACUCAGGCCACCCAAAGUUGAUAAUCUGCUCAAUGAGAUGGGUCAACUGAGGUGGGCCCAAAUGAAGAUGUAUAGAUGGAGAGGGGUGGGCCCAAUAUGUGAUAUAAGUAUUGUGCUACCGAUAUGGAUGAUUGAGCCCAUACAAUAG